CGAUGUAGUAAUAAGAGCCCAAUUCGCCUCCUCACGCGCUCCUACCUCUGUAUCUGUGUCUCUGAGCUUUCUCUCAAACCCAUCAUUGAAUACAUCCACCAUUUCAUUUCGUUAUUGAUUUUCGUUUAGAGCUUCUCUCUCCUUAGAAGCAUUCGAUUCAGGUGUGAUACUGGUGCAAAUUACUUCGGAAAUUUGCUACAGAUUUGCAGGAAAAUGGUGGAAGACUUGCCGCAAAUCCAGAGGUGGCUGUGAAUUCCGCUACUUCGGGGUAUACAAAGAUGGCCACCACCCCAACAGUACUGGCGGUGUCCGGCGGUCAAAAGACUUGGUAAUUUCAGCCGAAACAGGCGUCUCCGUCCUUGUCUACAUCCCACAAACACCAACCCAGAUCACAAACUCCCUCUCCUAGUCUACAUCCAUGGCGGCGGAUUCUGCCUCCUCUCCCAUCUUCCACAACUUCGUCAACUCUCUCGUUGCGGAAGCCAACAUAGUCGCUGUCUCCGUGGACUACAGAUUAGCACCGGAACACCCUCCACGCGAAGAUUCAUGGACACUUGGACGGCAUUCAAAUGGGUAGUGUCCCAUUCUAAUGGACUAGGUCCCGAGCCAUGGCUCAACAAUCAUGCCGAUUUUCAAUGUUGCCGGAGCGAACAUUGCCAACGAGGUUGUCAUACCGGCAGGAGUUAGUGAUGAAUUGCAUGGGGUGGAGCUUGUGGGACUUCUUUUGGUUCAAACAUUUUUUGGUUGCAAGGAAGUUAAUGAAAUGUACAAGUUUAUGUGUCCGACUAGUAGUGGGUCGGAUGAUGACCCCCCGAGACUGAAUCUGGCCGUGAAUCCGAGGUUAUCGUGAAACCCGUCACAUCCUGUUAUCGGAUUGAAUCGGAGAGGUCCGGAUCUGUCUUGUACUUAGAAUCUUUGUAACGAUGUCGUUUUGAUUUAUGAUCUCAGCAGAGGAGUCACUUCAAAACAAUAACAAAAAGAAGAGUCCAAUUCGCGUCUUCACCACUUCAUGGUGCACAUACACUCUCUCUCUCUCUCUCUACAGAUAUCGACUUUCUCUCAGAUUGAUUCCUUGAGUUUUCUCUCAAACCCAUCGUUGAAUACUUUCACCACUUCAUUUCGCUCCCCUUAAAAGCAUUCAAAUCAGGUGCAAUUCACUUCGGCUUGUACACCAACCUUUGGUUUGGUUGUUUCGGUCUUCUUCGGAGCAAUGGAUUCAAGCAAGAGUGAAGUAGUCCAUGAUUUUCACCCUCUAUUCCGAGUAUAUGAAGAUGGUCAUGUUGAGAGAUUUAUGGACACGGACACCGUCACACCGUCUGAUGACCCCAAGACCGGCGUUCAGUCCAAGGACAUCGUCAUAUCACCGGAAACCAAUGUAUCCGUGCGCCUCUUCCUCCCCAAAACCACCCACUCAGCUCACAAACUCCCUCUCCUCAUAUACAUCCAUGGUGGUGCUUUCUCAAUCCAAUCACCCUUCUCUUCUCUCUACCAUAACUAUCUCAACUCUCUAGUUGCUGAAGCAAAUGCUAUAGCAGUGUCCAUUGACUACAGGUUAGCCCCAGAGCAUCCAAUCCCUGCUUGCUAUGAUGACUCGUGGACAGUCAUGCAAUGGGUGGCUCUGCAUGUUAAUGGCCUAGGCCCCGAACCCUGGCUAAAUGACCAUGCGGAUUUUGGGCGAGCUUUCUUGGCUGGUGACAGUGCUGGAGCAAAUAUUGCCCAUGAUAUGGCCGUCCGAGCUGGUGUUGAUGGAUUAGGGUUUGGUCUGAAGCUUGUUGGAAUUGUUUUGGUACAUCCCUUCUUUGGGAAUGGUAAACCUGACAAACUGUGGAUGUUUAUUUGCCCAGAAACUAGUGGGUGUGAUGACCCAAGGCUAAAUCCAGCUGCCAAUCCUAGUUUGUUUUCGACCUUGGGGUGCACCAAGGUGUUGGUUUGCACUGCAGAGAAAGACCACUUGAGACAGAGGGGUUUGACCUACUAUGAGGCAUUGAGGAAGAGUGAGUGGUGUGGUGUGGUCGAGUUUAUGGAGACAGAAGGGGAGGAUCAUGUUUUCCAUUUAUUCAACCCAACUUGUGAAAAGGCUGGGACCCUGAUGAAUAGGGUUGCUUCCUUCAUUAAUCCGGACCAGGCUCCUUCAUUGUUAUAAUCUAUUCUUUUUCCCUUUUAUUUUUUGCAAAUUCUUCUAAGCGUUUGUUAAACUGGCAAAGGGGAAAGAGGGGAAUUGUAGUAUGAAACAAUCAAACGAUGUCAUCGUAAUUUCUAAUCAUUGUAUACUGUAAUGUAAUGUGGAUCAUUCUUUUCU